UGCUUUCCCCAUUAUUUUUAUAUUCCUUUCCUCAUAAUAAAUCACACAAAAGACAACUCUCUCAUCUGCCUCUUUAUGGGAAAUUUCCACCACACCAACACAUGACCACAAUGACUUAUUGAAACUCUGCUAAGGUCACUGUGACAACCUUCACAAAUUUAAAUGACAUCUGUUUUUCACCAACCGCCCAUUUCCUGUUAACAGUCAUGUGUGAAUGUGCUGAAACUUUACUAAUAAAAAGGUAUUUUCACAAAAGGUUAUGAGCAAGCUGAGCUGACAGCAACACUGAACACAAUGGAUGAACAGGAUAUUUAUGCCAAUGUCGAGGGACCAUCAGGACUUCACAUCAAGUGGGAGAGAGUGCAGAGUUCAGAAAAUAUUUAUCAAAAUGAAGACACAUGUUGCUCUGUUGAGACUGACAGAACUGGACCUGCGCUGUCAGACCUUGAGGAAAGUAAUACAGUUAAGAAGCGUUCUUGCAUCGCUACAGCACUGAUCCUGGGUCUGCUGUGUCUUCUCCUUCUUACUGGACUCGUGAUUCUGGUUUUCCUGUACACCAAAGACAAGUCAAACUGGGAACUUAAGAUGUUGCGGUUACAGACCAGUUACAACAACCUGACUGAAAAACAACAUCAGUUACAGACCAGUUACAACAACCUGGAUGAAGAAAACCACCAGUUAAAGACCAGUUAUGACAACUUGACCGAAGAAAAAGCCCAACUUAAAAAACAACUUGAAGACGCCACUACAGACCUUCGAAAAAAGCUUCAAGCUCUACGUUGGACGUAUUUCGCGGAUAAAUACUAUUAUAUUUCAUCAACGAUGCAAACAUGGCAAGACAGCAGAAAUGACUGCCUGCAGAAAGGUGCAGACCUGGUGAUUAUCAACAGCCCUGAAGAGCAGGAAUUCAUUAGUAGUAGGAAGAUUUCAACCUGGAUUGGACUGACAGAUGCAGAGACAGAGGGGACAUGGAAGUGGGUGGAUGGGACUCUGCUGGGGAGCCUAAGGUACUGGGCAGAAUCUGAACCAAAUAACGGAUAUGGAAAUGAGAACUGUGCAAAAAUCAGUAGUUCCAAUUUGGAAAAAAACUGGUAUGACGAGUCAUGUGACUUUAAAAUGUAUUGGAUCUGUGAAGUACAACUCAUCUGAAUAAAAUCAGUUUUUACAGUUUUAACUUUCAAAAUCUUCUAACUUCAGUUAGAAAAAAUAUGUUUUUUUUUAAUGUUUGUGGUAAACUGUAAAACUUCCAAACUUGUUUCUGAAUCAAAUACAUUUGAAUCUAACUCUGCUGAAGGUGUUAAAAUGGUGUCACCACAAGAACAAAGUUUAGUAUAUAUUUCUACCGAGAAAAUAUUUUAAAAACUUUUUAAAUGUUAUUAUAUUGUAAUGGAAUCGUUUAAAUAUAUGUGUUGGGGAAAUUGUGAAUUCCUUUUUACUUCCUAAAUAAAACAGACACAAUCAGUGGAGACCUCCUACAUGAUUUAUUUGAAACAACUGAGCGGUUUACAGCAAAGGCAGCAGACUGUUUUGUUCCCAAUUGCUGGGAUCAUUAAAGUUCAUCUACAAUAUCUGUAUCUGUUGUGAGUCAGCUUCAAUGCCGCCAGAGGGCACUCUCACUUCCUUUUGUUCUGUACCCUCUGGUUUCUUUUGUCAUUUCGUUUCCUGUUCCAUGUCACUUCCUGUUAACAGUUUGAUUAGUGUCACCUGUUUUUGUUGGUAUUUAAGCUCUCAGUUAUGGGGUGCCGAAUGUAAAAGGAGCACCUAUAACUAGUUUUCUCACAUUUAGUUAAAGGUGCAAAGGUCUAAAUGUAAAUGUUAAAUAUAAAUGGUAAAUGUUAAAUGUAAAUGUUAAAUGUUAAAUGUUAAAUGUAAAUGUUAAAUCUAAAUGUUAAAUGUUCGAACUGAAUAUUUAAGUAGACUCCACCCCCUAUUAUCCUAGAUCAGUGACGCAGACUCAA